GAAUAAUUAUAAUAUUAUAAUUAAAAAAAAUUGUAGAGCUUUUUUAAGGGGUUAGAAAGAGUAGAAAGAGGAACCACUCUUACAAGGAACCAAAUAUUUCAUGGAAAUUUCUCUCGUUUUCUCUCUCUAUCUCUCUCAUAUUAUUUCUGCUUUUUGCUCUUGAUGGGUGUCAAGAAUCCUAACUUUUCUCUUUAUUUUUCACAAAUUUGGUUACAUUUGGGACGUGAGGCCUGACUUAGCGAAAGAAAGAUCAGCCAUUCAACCAGCAGCUGCUUCCAAGAACAAAGAAAAAAAAUAUAAUUUAACAAAAGAGGCAACAAUUAUAUGCAUAGAGAAAUAGUGAUAAUCUGUACUUGUAGAGUAUAGUUAGUAUAAAUAUAGUAAUGAAAUAAAGGGAAGACAAAAAAUAAAAAGGGUUUUUAAGCAGGAAUAUGGGGAGAGGAAGAGUAGAGUUGAAGAGGAUAGAGAACAAGAUAAACAGGCAAGUUACAUUUGCGAAGAGAAGAAAUGGGUUGCUCAAGAAAGCUUAUGAAUUGUCAGUUUUAUGUGAUGCUGAGGUUGCUCUUAUCAUUUUCUCCACCCGUGGCAAGCUCUAUGAGUUUUGUAGCAGUGCUAGCAUGCUCAAGACACUUGAUAGAUAUCAAAAAUGCAGUUAUGGUGCAGUGGAAGUUAGCAAGCCAGCCAAGGAGCUUGAGCAGAGCAGCUACCAGGAGUACCUAAAACUGAAAGCUAGAUGUGAGGCCCUACAACGCACUCAAAGAAAUCUUCUUGGUGAAGACUUGGGCCCCUUGAACUCGAAGGAGCUUGAGCAGCUUGAGCGUCAACUAGAGUCAUCCUUGAAACAUGUCCGCUCCACCAAGACCCAAUAUAUGCUUGACCAGCUUUCUGAUCUUCAGAAUAAGGAACAAAUGCUGAUGGAAGCUAACAGAGCUUUGUCAAUGAAGCUUGAUGAAAUCAGUGCAAGAAACCAGUUUCGAGCAUCAUGGGAGGGUGGCGAGCAAAGUGUAUCAUUCAAUAACCAGCAGGCUCAAUCUCAGGAGUUAUUUCAGCCAUUGGAAUGCAAUCCAACUUUGCAGAUAGGGUAUAAUCCUGUUGCUUCAGACCAGAUAGCGGCUACGUCUCAUGCUCAGCAAGUCAAUGGCUUUAUCCCAGGAUGGAUGCUCUAAAUUUUGCUUGCAAAAUAUGGUUAAUGCUCAUAAGCUAAUAUCUUACCUACUAGAUAAAUGCUUCUUGAUGUUGGAAGUUUGUAAAUGGUUUCAAGAGCAUAUUGCAUAACCUGCAUUGACAUAAAAACAGCAGCGACUGAAUUUGGUAAGACUAUGAAA